GUGCGCGCGCGUUGUUUUGUCGAAUUGUUCGAUUAUUGUGUUAAAAAUAAAAUUAUCAAUGAAAUGAUUUACUUUAUGAAUGAAAAUAAUGCUCUAUCGUUUUCUCCGUUGCCGUCUAACAUUCAAACUCUAUGUAAUUUUGACCAUUAUAGCGAUUGUUUCCGUAUUCGCUUAUUUGUUUCCUCAAUAUAGAAUUUAUCCAGAAAAUCCAGCGACUGUGUCUUCAAACGUGCACCCUCGCCCGUCUCGCCACGUAUCUAAAUUGUUGACUGUUGUGUUUCGUCAAUUCGAGGAAUUUGAUAAUGACGUCGCAGAUAGUGUGCAGUCGUUCGUUUCUGCCUUCCCUAACAUGCCCGUGGUGGUCGUGUCUGAAAGCACUCCGUAUCCUCCAUUCCCAUUUUCCGCCUCAAACGAAACGCUUCGUAACGUGAAGGUAGUGUCUUUGGAAUUGCGACUAAACGCUUCGCCGCGGGAAUUGAAGCCUCUUUCGUAUGUAUCGACUGAAUUUGUGCUGUUUGUACCUGAUGCUACCCGAGCGGUGCGCCGAACGCUGCAGGCGGCGGCGGCGGCCAUCACGACUUAUCCAACUCACGCUAUAGCUAUAGGAGUAGGCAGCUCUCGCCUUAUAUGCCAGCAAGUUAAGUGGAAGUAUGAAGACUGGACCUUGCAGUACAGUAAGGAUGUAUCGGGCAAGCUUUGUGAUGCUGUGCACGGGCAACAUGCACUUUUGUUGAGGACGGCACUAUUACAUACAUUGCCUGACCCAUUUACACUUCCCUUUCCUGAGGCACUCUAUCUACAAUCUGUGGUGAAAAAUGUGAAGGUACAAAUAUUGGACAGUAAGUUGGGUAUAGGACGGAGUGUCCUCAAGUCACCGGCGGCCAAACAGAAGGCAUCCCGUCAUAUGCGGGAUCACCGAGUGGCCCUGUACAAGCAACUCGGGGUGAAGGCUGUGGUUAGGGAAGAUGGCAGGGUGCAGUGGUUUGGAUGUAAGAGGGAAACACAGCGCUGCUUCCCAGCAGUACAAGGCACUCCAUCUUACAUCCUCUCCGGCCGUAACACGCCCCCGUGCUGUCGCCGCAACAUGCGGCGCGCGGCGGGCCAUGUGUUGCGCGCGUUGUUGCAGGCCGGCGCGCGUUGCUGGCUCGAGACCACGUCACUACUAGGCGCUGUUAUACGUGGUGACCUACUCCCUUGGGCAGAAUACGUCGAGAUAGGCAUCCACGCCUCUGACGUAUCCCGCGUAACCUGGCUGCAGCGCGGCGGGGCCGACACGGACGGCUUCGUCUGGGAACGAGCCACUAAAGGACAUUACUACCGCGUCGCUUACUCCGCUACCAACCGAAUCUACGUCUUAGUGCUACCAUUCGCGGCCAGGAAUGGUACCAUGUACCCCGCAGACUGGGUGCUGGCGCAUCAACGCGAGUUUCCUGAGAGGCAUUUGCAUCCGCUUGCGCAGAUACAAUUCGCAGGUCGCGAGGCGCCGGCACCGAACGACGCUCGCGCCUUCCUUGACCUCAAACUGGGAGCGUCGGCCGUCGAGCGCUGCGACAAGAUCGGACCCAAGCUGCUCUAUCCAUAAGCAGACAAAUCUCCGUAGAGAAUUAGAUAAUUGCAGUGUCCACCCAUGAGCUAACCUGUCGCCUAUAACUAAAAAUUGAUAGACGUUUGUCACUGAAAUAAUAGUUUCUUGAUCAGUUUUAUCGGUAUGACUCUUAGGACCUCGUAAGUUGCUUUGGUUUCUAAUUUUAUGCAUUUGUGGUUUGAUAAACAAGUUCAAGUUAUAUUCUAGUCAGAUAAAGGAGGCUUUUAGAUAUAUUUUAGACACCAGCAGGCUGGCUUUGUUUGCCAUUACACGGUUCGAGUUUUAGCAGUUUUUAAUAUAAAGCAAUUAAUAUAAGGGCGAGUUUCAGAGCACGGGACGUCAACAUCAUUAGUGUCGGAGUACUUCUUUAUCAACAUCAGUGGCAGCCCAAAAAAAAACAAACAUUGCUAUGGCGAUGCGAGCGGUUUUUUUGGGCAAAAUCAGCCAAGACAGGACCACCCUAGCUGGCAGCCCCGGAUCUACAGGGGAGUAACUGGAUUGGGCACACCUGCCCUGUAAAUUAGACCUCUUACCGGCCAAAUAAAACUCAUACAUUUAAUGAGUGGCCGUAACCGUAAAGUAAUCGAAAAAAAAAAAAACUGUAUUUUGAGGGCCACCACUGUGAGGUCUCGCACCAUCUCAAUAUUUUGCUGGAGCCGCCACUGAAUAACAUUACCGUGAACGCAAAUAUAUCCUACAAUCUUUUGUCGUUUUGCAAAUAUCCAGUUAGAACUUAUGUAUGUCGUCAACUUCCGUAAGUUUUAACUGGAUAUUUGCAAAAAGACCAGACCAGAGAUCGUAAGAUAUUUUUCCGUUAACGGUAAUGAGGUCAACCAUCGGUGUUGGAAGAUCUACCGGUCACCGCAAAAUAUCCUAGAAUCUAGUUUUUUUUUGCAAAUAUACAAAAUACAAAUAUACUAAUUGCACACAACAUACAAAACAAGUUUUACGCACAUGGACGAAAGAUACAGUACAAUCUGGCGGCCUUAUCGCUUAAUUUUUUUUUAAAUAUACUUGGAUCUUAUGUAAGUUUCCAACUUACAUAUUUUCUAACUAUUGUCUAUUUUCAAAAAGACAAGCGAUUCUUGGAUAUUUUUACGGUGACACUAUGAUAUUGACUUCCGGCGGUGCGCAGAAACUCACUCUCAGUCUACGAAUAAAUAAUAAGUCUCAGUAGAUAUAAGUUUUUGAACGUGUCUUGUAAUUUAGACUAGAAUAAGUUUUCCAAAGUAGUGUAUGUAGAUAUUUUAUUAUUUGUUACUAGUUUACCAACAUUGGCUUUUAAGUGCAGGCUACUAACAUGUAAAGUAAGGAAUUUGUGAAUACAUUUUCGCGCGUAUUUCAUGAGUAUUUAAUCGCUUAUAAAUGUAAUUUUAAAGUUUUGAAGAUCUCAAUAUAUUUAAAAAGGACUAGUCUCGUAAUAUUGUAAUGUAAUUAUAUUGAUUGGAAGCUGUUUUGAACGGCGUUGUUUUGUUUCGAGAGUUUAUAAAAAUGGCGUAAUAUUAUUGUUACCUUCACGCUACAAUCUUGAAAGAAAUGCAUUUAAAAUUAUUAUAUUUCUGAACAAUGUAACUGAAUAAGCAAUAAUUAAAAUUCAAUAAUAAAUGUAAAACAUUUUGAUUUUGAGUUUAUUAUUUUUUUGAGCUUUAUUAGAAUAAUAAUAAUGCGAUGUAAUAAAUAUGAUAGCGUUUUAUUUUUAAUUCUAAUAAAUAAUUAAGAGUAAAUCGGUGGUAUAAAUGUGGUAAAGAAGAAUAGGCAUUAUGCAUUAUUCUUU